AUGCCUGCGGUUGCCUCAGGGUCGAAUACGCCAUACAAUCUGUCCUCGCCUGCAUCCUCGAGAACAGUGAUCGAGACCCGUGCUCGCUCUCCACUCGACGACGAACUUGAGCGGGAUGAGGCUCACUUCGAGAAGUACGGUGGCGAUGAUCCGGAGGACCCUCCUCUGCGAACAUCUCAGUCAUCUAACUCUGCAACGCACGAAGUUCCUUCAUCGUCGCCAGCUUUUGGUAAAGGAAAGGAAGUUGAUCCAAAUCUUGUGGAUUGGGAUGGACCAAAUGACCCCAAGAACCCGCAGAACUGGUCGAGAAGAUAUAAGUGGUUUGUUACUGUCUUUUGUUCGAUUUUGACACUGAAUGUGACAUUCGCGUCGUCGAUGCCGUCGACGGCGACAGCGCUCAUUCAGGCAGAGUUCGACAUACCGACCGAGGUCUCAUAUUUGGUCACGUCCAUAUUUGUUCUUGGCUACGUUUUUGGACCACUUUUGUGGGGCCCAGGUUCCGAGCUCUUCGGCCGUAGACCCAUCAUGACCAUAACUCUCUGCCUGUACACGAUUUUCCACCUCGGUCAAGCCCUCGCCCCAAACAUGGAGACCUUGCUUGUUACACGCUUCAUCUCCGGCUUCUUCGCCUGCGCGCCACUCACUAAUGGUGGAGGCUUGAUAGCGGAUAUAUGGGAUCCCGUUGGUCGCGGGCCUUCGACUUCCAUGUUUUCGACAAUGGUGUUCUUGGGUCCGUGUUUUGGCCCUUUGGUGGGUGGAUUUAUUGUACAGAGCGGUGUCGGGUGGCGAUGGGUGUUCUGGGUCGAGAUGAUCUUCGCAGGCUCUUGCGCAUUGGCGAGCAUCGUGCUCAUGCCCGAGACCUACGCUCCCGUCAUUCUUCUCCAGAAGGCCAAGCGCCUCCGCAAAGCGGACCCUGUAGCCAACAAGGACCUGUUCGCCGAAGCAGAGCGCGAAAAAUGGACCGCCGCCGAACUUUGCCAUCGCACGGUCCUCCGCCCCUUCAGUAUGCUCCUCCAGGAGCCCAUUCUAGUCCUCGUCACAAUCUACCUGUCCGUCGUCUAUGGUGUCAUCUACGCCCUCUUCGAGGCUCUUCCCAUCGUCUUCGUCGAACGCCACGGACUCACCACUUCUCAAGGCGGUCUUAUCUUCAUUGGUGUGGGACUUGGUUCGUGUGUCGGAGGAGCAGUCAACCAAUACUUUUUGAGAGAUUAUCCCGAGCUGCUACAUAAGUGGAGGGGCUUCACACCACCAGAGAAGAGGCUGCAGGGAGCAAUGGUUGGUGCGCCGAGCCUGGUUAUUGGCGCCUUUUGGCUAGGAUGGACGGGUCAGUAUGCUAGUGUGCCGUGGUAUGUACCGGCGUUAGCGACGAUCCCUUUGGGGACUGGUAUAAGUCUGGUGUUCAUCUCGUUCCUAAGCUAUCUCAUCGAUACGUACCUGAUGUAUUCCGCAUCUGCCUUCGCCGCCAACACCGUUUGUCGCUCGGUAGUAGGAGCCGCAUUUCCUCUGUUCACAGUCCAACUGUACACAAACCUCGGAAUUAACUGGGCAUCGACGCUCAUCGGAUUCAUCGCACUGGUCAUGGCGCCCAUGCCAUUCCUGUUUUACAAGUACGGCCCACGGAUUCGCGGCGCCAGCAAGUUUGCUCCUUGCCUCGACCUCAAAAUUGCAAAAGAGAUGGCAGCCGAACGUCAAGCGGACGCCGAGAAAGCCAAUCACCAGCAGAUAGUCUGAUAAUCCCGUAGAUGCAAGAUCGUACAGGACCCGCUUCCUCGUGUCCUACCCGUCUUCGCCUUUCGCCUUCCUCUCAUCCAUGCUUUCAUCCUGCUUUCCUCCAUUUUACGACCUAAUAGGGACUUUGAUAGAUCACGGGUUUUUUCAUGCCGACGAUGCAAAUUUAGACUUAUGUUUGAACUUCACAGAUUUCUCUCUACUUCUUUCUCGUCACGACCGUCCAGCACAUCCUCCUUUUUUCUCACUCACUCCAAUCCAGUGUCUGCUUACG